UAUGUACUCGUAAUUCGUGAAAUAUGUCUGACGAGUGAAUACAUUUUAUUUAUAAGUACUUCUGUACGAUAUACUUAUCGCCGUUGGUUCUGCUUUGUUUCUUCAAGGUCAGACGUCUUGAUUUGGCUGGGAAUUGGUUUCCAGGUCUGUUACUUCCAGUGUUUGUUAUUCGAAAAAUCGGUUUAUUGCAAUUUGCAACUGGACUCUGGAGAAGAUUUUUUGUGGGAGUCAAGUGGAUCAGCUGAUCGGGAUCCAUGUGUGUUUGUAUUGGGCCUGUUGGCUGGUUGUGAGCCUGCCAGUGCGAGAAACUGCAAGUGCAAAACCGAAAGCCUUUGCAUAGCUCGGUAAGCCAUGAAUGGUGCAACGGAUAACAGUGUAGACUCGGAUCAAGAAGAUCUGCGAAUGCGCUCCACCAAAAACAAGCAGGGUUGGGUGCUACCAUAUCUGGAUCCGUUCUGCAAAGAAUUCGUGGAUCUAAUGCGGCAGCUGCCCAGCUCAUCUCCUGUAGCCGAUCUCGGCUGCGGCUAUGGAUAUACCAGCUUGAAACUACUGGAAGCUGGCUGCUCCGUUCUAGCUAACGAUCUGGACAAUGAUCAGCUGCAAGAACUGCAGCAGUCUGUUCCCGCUGAUCUGUCUGGACGUCUCACAGUGAUGCCUGGAAACUGCGUGGAGUUAUCGUUUUCCGAUUCCUCAUUCAAAGGUAUUCUGGCAGCGCGUUGGAUGCACUUUUUAACCAGCGAAGAAAUCAUUCGAUCGGUUUUGAAGCGAUUUUAUUUAUGGCUGGAAAAAGGUGGUGUUUUGUGUCUGACAUGCAACACCCUGGUGCAUAUUGCCACUCCAGAGGCGUACGAGAAAUACGUAGAGAAGAAGAGCAGCGGUGAUGAGUGGCCAGGUUGGCUGGAUAAAUCGCAGAACCAUAUCCGGAAGCAUUUAGUGGACAACAUUCCCGACAUUUUUUACGGCUUUGAUGUCGAGUCGCUUUCGCGUGAAGUAACGUUGGCGGGAUUCGACGUCGUCAAAUGUGAGAUGUAUGGCUCGACGGGGGUAACCAAGCCGUGGCUCGAAGAUAACUGCAUUGGAAUACUUGCUACCAAAUCCAGAUGAGAAGGGUCGAAGGUAGUUUUCGUUGUUGUUGCAGCAUUUUCGUUUUCCGGCUUCCCUUUUUCUCUGUUAAUGAGGUCUUAAUUUGGCUAUGUUUUUGCAGAACGAGCGAUGUCUGUGAUGCGACAAUUGAAUAAUUUUUUACUGUUAAUCGUAAGUGUUAAAUGUGUAAGUACAAAUGUUAGUGUACAAGUGUUUAUUCACAUCUUUGAUUAUUUUAUUUGUGAUUCAUUAACGGAUGCUGUUCCGGAUAAUCAUUUUA